UCAGUACUUGGUCCUGCUAGUGAAGGCAGGGGGCUGGACUCGAUGACCUUUCAAGGUCCCUUCCAGUUCUAGGAGAUAGGAUAGGACAGUGGCCUAGACUCUAUCAAGCCCCUAGGACUCGAUGGUGGAUUGUGGUACCCGGGUUGAAACUUGUCCACACUCUGCUGAUAGCGUUGAAACGGUACAACGCUCCCCUCCACCUCUCAAAACGGGUAUACGGCUAUCCUUGGAUAAAGAUGCUUGUAGGGGUGUAACUUGUGUAAAGGGAGAAGGGAAUUAACCUAUAUUGGGACUAUAAGUGUAUCCACCAUAAGGGUUGUGCUGAUCUACUGAUUGGGGGGGAAUCACACCCACAACUCUGUAUUGUGUGUAGACCAGGCCUAAAAUGGAGUUGUCCCUAAUUUAGUUAGGGCAGCCAUUACACUUCCUAUGGAAAAAGCUUUCAUUGAGAAGUGGCAGUUUAUUGUGGGACACGAUGUCCACUUCCGUGAGAAGAAAAUCCUGUUACUGGAAGCUGGCCCUAGGAAAGUGUCUGGCCGUUUGCCUGAGAAUUACAGUAACAGGGUCAGUUCCAUCUCCCCUGGUUCAGCCACCCUUCUGAGCAGUUUUGGUGCCUGGGAUCAUGUCUGCAGCCUGCGAUUCAAACCCUUCCGGCGGAUGCAGGUAUGGGAUGCUUGUUCAGAAGCCAUGAUAAUCUUUGAUAAAAACAACUUAGAAGACAUGGGUUAUGUAGUGGAGAACGAUGUCAUUAUGUCUGCUCUAACCAAACAGUUAGAUGCAGUGUCAGAUCGGGUGGAGGUUCUCUACAGGAGCAGAGCAGUGGGGUAUACCUGGCCCCUUACCUGUCAUCUCUCUGACACAAGCCCUUGGGUCAAAAUUGACUUAGCUGAUGGACGCAGACUGGAGACCAAACUGCUGAUUGGUGCAGAUGGUCAGAACUCCAUGGUCCGGAAAGCAGCUGGAAUUCAGAACAUCCACUAUCAAUAUGAUCAGUCAGCUGUGGUUGCUACUCUGCACUUGUCUGAGGCCACAGACAACAAUGUAGCAUGGCAGAGAUUCCUCCCUUCAGGGCCAAUUGCUCUUCUCCCGCUCUCUGACACUGCCAGCUCUUUGGUUUGGUCCACAUCUCAUGAACAUGCAUCACAGCUUCUUAGUAUGGAUGAGGAAAGCUUUGUGGACACCAUCAACACUGCCUUUUGGAGCAACCUACACCACUCGGACUUUAUUGAUACUGCUGGAUCCGUGUUCCGAUCUGCUAUUUCUCUCCUGAUGCCAUCAGGCACUGCAGCCCGCCAGCUGCCCCCAAGCAUCGCCAGAGUGGAGCCAAAGAGCCGAGCUGUGUUUCCUCUUGGAAUGGGCCAUGCCACAGAAUAUGUCCGGCACCGGAUGGCGCUUAUUGGGGAUGCAGCACACAGAGUCCAUCCACUAGCAGGACAAGGUGUAAAUAUGGGCUUUGGAGAUAUUGCAUGCUUGGCACAUCACCUCAGCACAGCGGCCUUCAAUGGGAAGGAUCUGGGCUCCUUAAAGCACCUCUUACAGUUUGAGACAGAACGUCAGAGGCAUAACCUCUCUUUAAUGGCUGCCAUCGACUUGUUAAAGAGACUCUACUCCACAAAUGUCGCUCCCUUUGUGCUGUUGAGGACAUGGGGAUUACAAACAACAAAUGCCUUGUCUCCAGUCAAAGAGCAGAUUAUGUCCUUUGCCAGUAAGUAAGUUCUCCAUGUGUCUAGAGCUGCAGUUCACCAGUCACUGCUGGGAACCUGAGAUCUUUAAUCCUGUGAGGACUAUAUCAUGUAUGGUUUGGAAACAUAUAUUUAAAUAGUGUCUUUGAAGAACAAUAAUAAAAACAGGAAUGAAUUUUUUUUU